AUAUUUUAGUUAAAAAGACAAUUAUGGAAACAGAAGUGGACAAGAACACGGAGAUUUCUUUUGAAAGCGUUGAAACCCGAUUUCCGUUGCAAACUGUUGAAGAAUUGAUGGAGGUGGAGGAGAUCUUGAAACAUCAUGAUUCCCAACAUAAUGCUGCAAUACGCGCGUAUAUCAAAACUAUCGGAGGAACUGACGUCACUGAUGCCGUAAAGAGAAUAUUAUGUAAAAUAUUCUCAAACAAAUUGGCGGAGAAGUACAAUUGGCAGGGUCGAUGCGAAAAGGAACCACUGCGUAAAUUGGAACUAAUAAAAGUGAUUUUCAGUAAGUACUACGUAGCAGUAUUUAUACGCAAAAGGUUUUGUAAACAAGUAAGAAAUGCAAGCUUUUGAUAAAUUUUUAAGUUCCAAUUCUAGAUAUAACAAUUUAUCGUUUUGCUCAAUUUUAGUUUUCAUCUUAACUAAAUAUUAUUGCCAAUUUUUACAUUAUAAGAAGUUUAUAAUUAUUCAAUGAAAUACGAUGCACUGUAUUUAUAUUUAAAAAAAAUAUUAAAAUGAGGAAAAUGUUUGCAGGCUGCGUACUUCGGAA